UCUCUGAAUAUUGUACCCUUCUCCUCAUCAAUACUAUCGUUGUUGUAGCUACGCGUCGUUGCAGUCCUUGGUUGCAGUCAUCUAUUUGGGUUAGAAAGGUACCCUCGUGCCUGCCACUUCAACCAAUUGGCCCGCCUCCACCCGUGACUCGCCACGGUACUUAACCAUUCAAAGUAUCACUACUCGUUGGAGCCUUGAUCAUGCCUGCUGAGCGCCGUUCUUUUACUGCGACUAGACCAGUCAAGACAGAGCGCACUCAUGAAGAAAACCAAGAGCGUGCUUACAUUGCUGCCUCACGGCGCAGUGACCGUAGUUUAGAAGCACGCAUUGAGUCUGCACGAAGAGCAUCUGAGAUCCACAAGAAGCGCACUGGUCGCGCUCUGCGUGUCACUGAGCAAGAUGUCAUCAAUGAAGAGAUGUACGAAGAGGAGGAUGAUGAUCUGCCGACCCAGUACCAAAGGUUGAACGCGCACCUGCACACAACCUCUGUCAUGUUCAACAAGAAGCUGCACGACUACAUCGCGACACAGCAUGGAGUAAGAAACAUGUUCAUGUCGCAGUAUCAAAAUCCUUCGUUCCAACAGUACGGAGGUCAAUUCCCGCCACAGAACAAUACCGCCUUCCCCCAGACGAACAACUGGUUGAACCCAACCAUGAUGCCUCCACAGCAAUUCAGCCAGCAAACACCACAGAACUUCACCCAGCAGUCGCAUUCUUCACAACCACAAGGUGUCCGGUCAUCGCCAUACCACAUUCCUCAACGACCGCAUCAGCGCGCAGCUUCCAUCGCUGGCCCAGCAUUUGAUGCCUCUAUGCCGCAAGGUACCUCGACUCCUCAAGAUGCACGAAGGUUGUCCUUGCCAGCUCAACCUGGCGUUGACGACAAGUCCCGUCCUGCUUUGUCAUGCGCACCUUCUUUCGCACAACAGCAACCUACCUCGCCACACACCGACACGGCCUCACCUAUGUCCGGAUCAGAUCAGCGAACACCACACCUGCAGACAGACAACGAGACACCUGUCUCCACUACUUUCAGCCCUAUGACCUACUCAGUGGGCAAUCAGAUGCUGGGCGGCCCCAACCCCCUGUCAAUGGCACUGCCUGCUGAGUCGCAGCAGUUCGUUGGGUCGAUUCUUGACCCCAAUGACCCUCGCACUGCCAUGUUCAUGAAUGGAAGCGAGCUCAUUGCUCAGCCUUUUGCCCCGACCUACACUUACAACCCUAACUACUCACCCAAGGCUCUGAAGUCAGGUAGCUCAAUGACAUUGAGCAUGCCUCAGGCUGGCAUGAAACCAGAGAGCACCGCUGAGUCGUGUGCGCCGAUCUCAUCAGGCUUGUACACCAACGAGUCGUUUCUCACACCUGGCAAUGAGGGCUACGGCGCUUUCUUUGACUUCCAGUCGACAGACUUUGCUCAACCUGGUGACGAGCAGAACAACAACAACGAGCAGCUUGUUGAUGGCUCAAGCUUUGUCAACUGGGACUAGAUUGCUUAAAUCUUGCUUCGUUUGCGCGUGCAUGCGAUUGCUCUUUUGAUCGCCACUUCUGUAUACCGCACUUUUUGGUACGUUUGGGUAUCGUUCCGGUUCACACACAUUUUUCAGAUGAUUCGAACGAUUACCCUUAUUGUUGUUUCAUAGUUACGAAGGUUACGAAUUGUACAC